CUCUGAUAUACUGACACUGAAACAUUAAAAGUAAAUUUGAGAAACAAUGUGUCUCCUGAAGCUGCCAGUAGUUCUCAUCAUACUCUCGGUUGCAUUAAACCAUCUGAAGGCUACUCCCAUUAAAAGUCACCAGAUGGAAAAGCGGAAAUGCAACACUGCCACGUGUGCGACUCAACGCCUGGCAAAUUUCUUGGUUCGUACUAGCAAUAAUCUUGGUGCCAUUCUCUCGCCUACCAAUGUGGGAUCCAAUACAUAUGGCAAGAGAAACACAAUUGAGAUUUUAAACAGGGGACCAUUGAAUUACUUACCACUUUAGAAGGUCAACGCACCCCUAUCAUUCUUACUUUCAUGUAUAAAAAUAUUCUAGUGAUUUCCUGUGUAAGUUAACAUUAGCAUGAACAUAAGUUUUUAUGUACUAUGUUUGUUAGCACUACAUAUAAAUUGUUAUGGUAAGAAUUGUUUUAACUUUAAUGCUAAUUAAGACCCCAUCAUAAAAAGUCAAUGUCUUUAAAAAUGAAAUGUUCUUGCUAUAGAUAUUUAUUUUGAAAACAUAUUAAAAAGUCAUUCUUUUGCCUAUAUCUUUAUGAUCUGAGUUUGAGAACAAAAGAGAAAAUAGUAUUUGGAAACUUGGUAAAUUGUAAACAACGGAGAGUGAAGUUAAGCACAUUAAAA